UCUCUCUCCCCCCCCCCCCCCUCUAAUAAUGACGGCGACUGCGUUUGGGAUCUGCUUGUGGUUGGCCGUUACGGCUUCUUUUCUCUUAACAGCUUCAGACGCCAAAAUCGCCGGCGUUUAUAGCGGUGGACCAUGGCAGAACGCACACGCCACUUUCUACGGUGGUAGUGACGCCUCUGGAACCAUGGGCGGCGCGUGUGGGUACGGGAACUUGUACAGCCAAGGAUACGGUGUGAACACGGCGGCCUUGAGCACUGCUCUGUUCAACAACGGGUAUAGCUGCGGUGCUUGCUUCGAGAUCAAGUGUACCGACGACCCGAGAUGGUGUGUGCCGGGAAACCCCUCGAUUCUUGUGACGGCGACGAACUUUUGUCCGCCGAAUUUUGCUCAGGCGAGUGACAACGGAGGAUGGUGCAAUCCGCCGCGUGAGCACUUUGAUCUAGCUAUGCCUAUGUUCCUCAAGAUCGGUCUUUACCGUGCAGGCAUUGUCCCCGUCUCCUAUCGCAGGGUACCUUGUCGGAAGGUAGGAGGGAUAAGAUUCACAGUAAACGGGUUCAGAUACUUCAACCUCGUUCUGGUAACUAACGUUGCCGGUGCCGGAGAUAUCAACGGAGUUAGCGUAAAGGGAUCAAAGACAGAUUGGGUGAGAAUGAGUAGGAACUGGGGACAGAACUGGCAGUCCAACGCCGUCCUUAUUGGCCAAUCACUCUCUUUCAGAGUCACCGCUUCUGACCGACGUUCCUCUACCUCGUGGAACGUUGCUCCUCCCUCGUGGCAGUUUGGUCAGACUUUCUCCGGCAAAAACUUCCGAGUCUGACUGAAGUCUCUCUCAAACCACACCACACACACACACCCAAAAGAAUCAAAAUCUUUUUUCUUUUUUUUUUUCUCCAAUACUUAAAAGAGAGAUGUUGUUAUUUUUAUAUUUUUAAUAUGGCUCAGACAUUUUCCAGCCCUGGGGUUCUCCCUUUAAUUUUCUCGGGAAAAUUUUCCGGUGGCUUCGGGAAAUUAUUUUAGUUUUAUUUCGUUGGUGGCAUCUUCUUCUGCUUAGCUAAUAAAAAGCCAGAGAGAGUGUAAACAAAACAGUCUGUGAUUUGAGUCUGAUGGACCUUGUAAUGGGCCCUUGGGCCAAGUUAUUUAUAAAAAUCUUAAAUUCGGAUUUCGUUCA